UCCAGACGUCGCUCGUCGAAUCUUGUCGACCAGAAAAAAACAAACCAUUAUAAAAUAACGUGUGGUCUGUAAGUUGGCGUUGAAAUAAUGGCUGAUACAGCGGGCAGUCCCGGUGCGAGCUGUGUGGACAGACUGACAAGUUACGUGAAGACUCAAAAAGGAAUCAUUCUGGCAGCAGAAAUAUUCAUUAGUUUCAUUGUCAUCAUCUGCUAUGCUGCGUCUUAUACCGGCGGUUACUCCGCUGUGGCCAUCUGCGAGAUGAUCUUUGCCAUGAUCUUCUUUGGCAUCUUCAUGAUGGAUAUGGACAAGCAGAUCCAAAUCAUCAACUGGGUGUGGACUGACUUGAUCCGCGCUGGCAUCGGUGCCAUUCUCUAUGUCAUCGUGUUUCUAACGGGUGUGAUUGGAGGACACAAUGAUGGAGCACGUAUCGCAGGCGCGGUGUUUAGUUUGCUUGCUGCUCUGUUGUUUGCCUACGACACCUACACCAUCUUCCUUCAGAUUAAGAGCACCAGACAGCACACUGCAGCUUCUACUGAUGACAGAGUCUAAACACCAACAUACCUGUAAUCCCUAUUAAGUAAACAGCAGACAGUGGAAACGACGUUUGUGCAGGAGUUAACAGAAGAGUGUGAUCGUGAGCCGCUUUGGAUAAAAGUGUUUACAGACUACAUAGAUAUGUAUUUAAAAAAAAGUGUAGCAGAAACAAGGGUGGACUGUUUAAAAAAAAAAAAAAAAAAAGAGAGAGCAUGUCAGUGUUUGGUGUAAGUAAAAGAUUAGAAUGUCAGUGCAGUGAAGGUGAAUUGGAACGUGAGUGGGAUCUGUAAUGCUUCAGUCCUUUCAGAAACCUUUACUCCAACUUCAAAAUAUCACAGAUUGCUCAGAGUUUGGUCAGACUUU